AUGAAGAUCAAGAUUUUCUUUGAUAAGAGAUGGCUCAAAAGGGAAGACAUUAAUCAAGUGGUUGAGCAAGCUUGGAAACAACUAGUUGAAGGAAACAGUAUGUAUAGGAUUACUAGACAGAUUAAGGAGAUCAAGGACUCUAAGGACUCAGAAGUUAAGGAUAAGAUUGCAGAUUUGAAGAAGCAGUUGAAAGAAGCUUACUCUAAUGAAGAGCAGUAUUGGGCUCAGAAGGCAAGGAUUGAUUGGCUGAGAGAAGGGGAUAAGAACACCAAAUUUUUCCAUGCUUGUGUGAAAGGAAGGAGAAGAAAAAACAGAAUGCUUAACAUUCAAAGGGAUGAUGGAACUUGGACAAACAGUGAGAAGGAGCUGGGAAUGGAAGUAGCUGACUACUAUAGAGCCCUUUUCUCUAGUUCAGGGAGUGAGGGCAUAACAGAGAUUCUUCAUGGUAUACCUCCUACUAUCACUACUGAGAUGAAUGCUAAGUUAACUAGAGAGGUAGAGGAGAUGGAAAUUAAAUCAGCUCUUCUUUCCAUGAAUCCUAAUAAGGCACCAGGUCAAGAUGCUGUUACGCAUUUUUUCCAAUCUAGCAAAUUGCCAAAGUCUUGGAAUCAUACGGUCAUCUCCCUCAAACCCAAAAUUCAGAAUCCUACUAAUUUGAAGAGCUAUAGGCCAAUUAGCCUCUGUAAUGUUGUGUACAAAAAUGGUUUUAUGGCUGUGAAACUGGACAUGUCCAUGGCCUACGACAGAGUGGAGUGGAAAUUCCUUUAUGCCACGAUGGAAAAGAUGGGCUACUGUACAGCCUGGAGGAAUUGGAUAUGGAGUUGCCUCUCCUCAGUUACAUACUCUUUCAAUAUUAAUGGAGUACCAAAAGAGUUUGUAAUUCCAGAAAGAGGAAUAAGACAAGGCGACCCACUGUCACCUUAUCUCUUCCUUUUAUGUUCAGAAGGGUUCUCCAAUUUAUUGAAGCAAGCUGAGGAAGAUAAAAGGAUCUCAGGGAUGAAGAUUAGUAGGACUGGACCAAGCAUGACUCACUUAUUUUUUGCUGACCAUUCAUUGAUCUUUUGUAAAGCUGAAAGAGAGGAAGCCAGGGAACUCAUUCAAAUUUUGAGGAAGUAUGAGAAGGGGUCUGGUCAAUCUAUAAACCUGGAAAAGUCCUCAGUGUUUUUCAGCAGCAACGUGAGUCAUCAGAGGAAAGGGGAAGUGAUACAAAGCCUAGGCACAAUUCAGGUGGCUACUCAAGGAAAAUAUCUGGGGCUCCCUAUGGUGAUAACAAGAUCUAAACAGCAAGUUUUUGGAUACAUUAAGGACUGUAUCAGUAGAAGAAUGAAUAGUUGGAAGAACAAGUUGCUCAGCCAAGGAGGGAAAGAAGUUUUAUUGAAGGCAGUUUCCAUGGCAAUGCCAGUUUAUACAAUGUCCUGCUUUAAACUUCCUUACAAAUUGUGCAAAGAAGUGACCUCCAUUUUUGCUAACUACUGGUGGGGAGAAAAUGAUGGGAAAAAUAAGAUGCACUGGUGCUCAUGGGGGAGAUUGGCUAAAGAGAAAAAAGAGGGAGGUUUGGGAUUUAAGGACUUGCAGAACUUCAACAAAGCCUUGUUGGCUAAACAGGUCUGGAGACUGAUUUCCAAACCAAAUCUAUUAGUCAGCAAGGUCUUGAGGGCAAAGUACUUCCAUAGGGACUCAAUCUUUAAGUGCAAAGUCCCAAAGUGUGCUUCCUGGAUUUGGCAAAGUAUGAUGAAUAUGAGAGAUUUUGUGCAAAAUGGAACUAGAAAGAAGAUACGCAAUGGCAAGGCUACAAACAUUUGGGAGGAUAACUGGAUCCCAGGAAAUAAGGAUGGAAAAGUCACAUCUGCAAGGCCUCAGAAUUGCUACAUCAGAAGAGUAGAUGAGCUGAUCAGUGGCUUUAGAUGGAGGAAACCAUUGGUACUUAGAACCUUCAACAGGAAGGAUGCUGACGAAAUCUUGGAUAUCCCUAUAAGUAUCUCAAGAAGGGAAGACAGCAACUACUGGCUACAUAGUGGCAAUGGCAUCUAUACAGUCAAUUCUGGAUACAAGGCAUUGAGUAGAGAAACAACCCAACAGAUAGGAAGAAGAGUUGAUGAGGCAGAAAUGAGCUCAGCAAACUCUAAUGGGAAGCAAUGGAAGUGGUUGUGGAAACUGAAAGUCAAAAGCAAGAUAAAACACUUCAUUUGGAGGAGUCUAAAUGGGCUACUUCCAGUUAAUGCUUUGGUGUUUAAUAGAACACACCAUGGAGAUCCAAUAUGUGAUGGCUGUGGAGAACAUAAUGAGUCUAUUGAACAUAUGUUUUUUCAUUGCAGCAGAGCUCAAGAGGUAUGGAAGAUGGCCCCAAUACAGUGGGAUGGGUUAACUGGACAGACAGGGAAUUUUAGAGUUUGGUGGACUGCAAUGCUGGAAGCCUCAUGUAGGAUAGAGGGGAGAGAGCAUAUAGAGCUUACUACGAAUAUCCUUUGGCAAAUAGGGAAAAGGAGAAAUGAAUGGAAGUUCAAUGCUAAACGAAAGCACCCUUGGAAAACAGUUAACAAGGCUCAACAGGAAUGGCAAAAGCAAGCCUCAGCUUGGAGUAAUGAGACAAUGAUCCCUGAGGAUGCUAGAAGAGAAGGAGAGGAAGGAGAACCAGUGGAGGUACGUAGUGAUGAAAUGCAUAUCAAAAUUUCAACUAGUGUGCAGGAACAGACCAAAAGUGUGGGUACUGGGAUUUUAGCAACUAAUCACAGCCAUCAGGUGGUGUCAGCCUGGGCACUAAUUGAUAGGAAAGCAGUAAAUCAAUUGCAGACUAUAGCAGAAGCUGUGAAGAUGGCCAUUAUAAAUGCCAGACAUCAGCAAUGGCAGAAAAUUACAGUCCAUGUUCCCAGCCCACAGCUGCUGAAAGUGAUUACGUCGGGAGUAGCUAAGGAUAUCAAAAUGUCUACUUUGGCUGAUGAUAUUAACAACCUCAGAGCAUUGUUCCAGAAAUGCUCCUUUUGUCUAGAUAGGAGAUUAGAUAAAAGAUGUGAUUUGAUUAGUGAUUAUGCCUUGGCAUAUUUCAAGAUGAGGAAUGUAUUAACCCUCAAUGUGUCUAACACUUUUGUAUAG